AUGGCAGACGAACGUGCUAAGAUGACCAGCCAGGAAGGCACCGAUCAUGGACCUCUACGCAUUCGACCUCUGGCUUCGUCCACCAGCGAACCCGGCUCGCAUUUGCUGUCCUUGCCGGAACGACUAGACCGCCUUCGGGACAACGCAGAAGUUCAGAGAAUCACUCCACUAAUCACUUCCCUGGCCUACAAGAGCGAUAACGACGUCAAGAAACUUCUUAAGCAAUUCGACAUUGACAUCAAGAUGAUCGUUGAGAGAUGCCCACCACAGUGGUACGAGGAUCAUGCCCUAUGGAAUAUCGUCCAGGAAUGCUGUAUCCGAGCUGUCCCCCACGGUGGCCUCGAUUCCGACAUGUAUUUCAUUGCCAAUUACCCGCGGUCACGAGACGAAUAUGACGAAGAGAAAUUUGAGCGAUUCAAGAAGAGGAUGCAGAGCACCAGAAAGAUAUGGGCGCGGUUUUGGGCGGUGUCUUUGAACCGCUGCCGAGGAGGUCCAACAUUAUUAGUAUCACCAACGCCCUUCUCUCGACGUGAACCAGGGAUACCACUUCGCGACCCCCCGAGAUACCUCUUCCGAGUGUACGACUCCUAG